AGUGCGUUUCAGACAACGACGUAUUUUGAAAUUAUUAUUGAAGCACUUGAACAUUUGACCGAUAUUUCGCAAGUGUUUUUUGCAUAGUUCGCAUAACCUGUAUUGCCCGAAGAAACUCUGGAAGUUGCCCAACUGUCAUAAAUACUUCAUCGUCCAGGAUUUAGUUAAGGCCAUCAAAAAGAGAACAAGUUUACAAAUUGGCUUUCGAGUUCCAAAUUACUCAUCUGGCUGGUUUAUGAUCUAUCAAAAGACAUAGGAGCCUCUGUAAAGUUGAAGAAGAGCACAAAUUAAUUUCUCAGUGAACUUGAUUGUCGAAUUGGUAGAUGAUUAGUUAUUGAAAAGCAAGAAAUCAUCUCAAAUACUUCAGUAUCCAUUCCUAGAAUCACAAACCUUCGUACGCGUGUUUGAUAGUCAUCAAACUGAAGAAAAAUAUAAAAUGGCGAGUUUGAUAGUGAGGUCAAUUAACUUUGGAGUCGUCUUCAUCGGAAUCUUCGCAGUGUGUUCAUUUGCUGUUGGCAGAAAACCACAGACCAAAAUGAACGGUGUUCAUCGAGGACCGAAUCCAACGAUGGCCAUUACAACAACUACCGUCACGAUGUCACCACACGAGACGGCAGCUGUGGGACAAAUAUUUUCAUUUGACAAAGACGCUUCUCCCGCCACCAUAUUUGGUCACGUGCUCAUCCCAUGCGUCUUAUUCGCCGUCUUAGCCGUGACGUUGUACGGGGGACUCCGAGGCACUCAAUACCUGUUCAAAGGACUCAAAAAGAAGGUCCAUGCAGGGCGCCACCAAACGUCCUACAAGGACAUGAGGGAGAGUGGCGAUGACCACGACGUCGUCAUGGAGACUGGAGGGGAGGUUGUUUGAUGACGACGAUGAUGAGGAUGUACAGGGGAUGUGAAAUUUGGACUGAUGAUACAGUGAGAUGAUUUCGAUAGAAAGGCUACGGUCACAAAGGUUCGUACGAACGAUGCGUUCGUACGAAUCUCCCCGUU